AUGGCAGAACAUCUAAUGAAAGUUGCAAUUGAUUCAUUAUUGGCAGUAUUAGAUGCCGGCACAAGUUUUUGUUAUUGGUUAUUAGGAAGAAAUUUAUUACAAGAAGAGCAACAAAUAAUCAAAGAACUUUUUAACGACCUAAUCUGUUCAGAUGUACCAUUAUUUAAGAAAAUUAUGGGGGAUUUUAUCGACAGUUUUGACAGAGAUAUUUAUACAUUAUUACUUUUAUCGUUUCCAGCUAAAAAUCAACAUGAUGAAACACAUUUAGUCAAUGUUAUUAAAUCAUUAUCAAUUGGUAAAGAUCUUUUAUUGGUAUGCAAUGAUGAAUAUUAUAAUUUGAUUCAAUGGUGUAUAUUACAUGAUUAUUUACAAGCAUUAGAACUACUACUUAAAUAUGGUUGUAAUCCAAAUCGUGGUUCACUGUUACCACAAACACCAGCAUCUCAAACGAUCGAUCUACCAUUAGCCUUAGCAUGUUGUUUUCAAAGGAAAAAUGCAGUUCGACUACUUCUUUAUUAUGGUGGUAAUCCAAAACAACCAACCACAUUAUCAAAAUAUACUCUACAACGGAUGUCAAAAAUAAAAAAAUUACAUUGUAUACAAAUUGUCGAUCUUUUAUAUCAGUAUUCAUUGACACCACUCAAAAUUAUAUUCGCCUUUGAUGACCUUGAAAUUUUUAAAAUUAUUCUUAGUGAAACACGAUCACCGUUAAAUUUCAUCAUUCCAAUAACCACUGAUUCAAAUAAAAACUACAAUAACAAUAAUAGUAUGGAUGAAAUUUUAACCUCAUUUCAAUCAACAGAUGAAUUAACAAACAGAGUACUGAUAAAAAAUAUUGAAAAUGAAAAUAAUGUUUAUAGUGACACAAUAACACCACAUUAUGAUUGUCUCGAUGAUGAUGAUAAUAAUCAUGAAAUACAGGAAAAAGACGAAUCAGAAGAGGUGGUGGUAUUAAACGACGACGAAGAAAUUGAAAGUGAACAACAUUUGAUAUUUUCAACAUCUUUAGAUAUGAAUAACAGAAAACAUGAGAAUGAUAUUUUCUCAUCGUCAAAAUUUUUCACUGAACUAUCAAUUAGUAGUGAUGAUGCUACAAAGACGUGGGCAUUGCGUAUUCAGAAUGAGCACGUAGCAUUACAAAAAUCACAACAACAACCACAAACUGCCGUAGAAAUACCAAUAACUAAAUCAGAAAAAAGCAUAUUUACGAUGAAGAAUGUUGAACAAACAACAACCGAUGGCGGAUACUACACAACAUCGUUAGUCGAUGGAUCUGUUGAAGAUGGCGGUGAUAGUAUAAAUAAGACGAAGGCAACACUAUUAAAAACUACUACAAACAAUAAUUCGUUAAUGUUUCUUCCGUUCAACGAUAAUAGUACAAUGAGUUUAUGGUCAACGGCAAGAGAAAAUAAUAAUCAAGCUGUUUAUCGAAAAAAUACUAAUCAAUUAAAUCGUACAAUAAGUCAACAGAUGGGAACAAAUGUUAAAGCACCAAUAACGGGUCGUUUAUCAUUACCAAAUGCUUUAGAAAUCAAUGGUAUCUCUUAUUCGUCAUCAACAUCUUCUCUAAUAUCUUUAUCCAGUCCAAAGACACCAUCAUUAUUUCAUCAUAAAACGAGCACAAAAAUAUUUCGUUUAGUUCAACAAAUGAUUGAUAGUGAAUCAGAGUAUAUUUUGGACUAUUUUCUUAAACAAUCUCAACAAGAAUUAUAUGUUAAUCAUCAUCCUCAUCAACAACAAGAACAGUUAAAAAUAUUAUACAAUCUUUUAGCUAAUGUUAAAUCAGAAAGAAUUUAUAAUGUUUUAUCACGUUAUUAUUCAUUUAAAAUUACAAUUUGUGAUAAAAACAAUAAUACACUAUUACAUUUAUUAUUCAGUAAUAAACCACAUAACUUUGAACCAGAACAGAUGAAAAUCAUUACGGAACGAUAUUUAACCACUGGUUUGAAAGACUUUUUAAAUCGACCAAAUUUAUCAAAUGAAUAUAUUAUUCAAAUAUUAUUACAAAAUAAACAUUUUAUAUAUAUGUUAUUUUUCUCACAGACAAAAGAAUUUGAAAUGGAACUUAAUCAUCAUUCAGCCAUGUGUACAAAUAAUCGUCAUACAAAUAUGUCUCAUUCUCAUCAACCAGAUGUUUUAUUCAAACAUCGCUACGGUGAUUUGAAUUUAAUUGAAGAAUGGCGCGAAACGUACUUAUAUUUAAUUGAAUUACUAAUUGACAAUGGUUCAAAAAUUGAUAUGCCAACAGGAAAAUAUCAAAAUAGUAUUGAUUGUUUAUUAUCAGCAAUUAUUAGUUUUAUACAACAAAAACAUCAACAACAUGCCUAUUCAUCAAAUCAGUUUGAUAUUAAAUAUCUAAAAAAACUUUUAACUGUUCUAUUUCUUACCAGUUCAACACUAACUAGUCGUUUAAAAUAUACUAUUGAACGUUUUCUACAAUUAAUUUGUCAUAUUCAUAUUACAAAUGAUGAAUUAAAUGAUACAAUGGAUAUAUUUCAUUUAUUAUGCCAAUGCGAAUUUCAACCGAUCAAAUUGAAUAUGAAUACAAUCAUUCAUCUAUUAAAAUCAUGGUUAAUUAAUCCAAAUUUUUUAUGUUCAAAUUUAAUUGGAAAAUGUUUAUUUAUUCAACAAUUACUAGUCGCUAUCGUUCGUUUUCAUACUGAAGAGCAAAUAGUCGAAGAUUAUUUUACUAAUAAUCGAAAACUAUUAAAAUCUACAGUAGUUGAAUUUAGAAAAGGUGCAUUAUUAUUUCAUGUUCUUAGUUUAAUUCCUUAUGCUCAAACAUGUGUUCAAAUUAAUUCUAUUUAUGAACUCACUCUAGCAUUAAUAUGUCAUGGACUCGAUCCAGAUUAUUCGAUUGAUGAUGAACAUUUACUAAUUGUUACAGUAUGUCUACUCAAAAUAACUAAUAAAACUUUAACUAAACGUCUAUUACCAUUCAUUAAUCUAUUUGUCAUUACUCAAUCAUCAUUAGUCAUCGAUAAAUCAAUAAAUAUUUUACAAAAAAAAAUGAUAACAAAAACAAAUGAAUUAUACCAACAUCUCGAAACAUUAAUUGUAAAAACGCGUACACUAAAACAAAUAUCAAUAAAACAUAUUUAUAACAAAUGUAAGAAACCAUUUGUUGACAGUGUACAAUCAUUAUCAUUAAAUGAAACUUUAAAACACCGUCUGAUUAGACUACAAAUGUGA